AUGUGCGAGCGGUGCGUUCCUUCCGAAGCGACUAUUGUGCUGCAGAAUUAUCGAAGGGAAGUUAUCGAAAAGUCUGAAUGUAAGCCUAUAACGCACAACAAUCGCAUCCACUCGCAAUCGCGCCUCUUGAUGAUGGCGAUCGGAGCUUCGAUCCCCCACAACUUCAUCUGAAUAUCGGAUAUCUCUUCCAGCACACUUCUCACUAUCAAACAUGGCCGUCAUCUUGUUUGUAUCGUGGUUACCGGUGUUGCUCGUGAUCGCGACCGCCGCUAUUCAACAUGGAGGCCACGCGCAAAUCGUCAGCUCUCGCGUUUCCGAUCGGGAGAGUCUAAUUCCGCAUCACGGCCGCUGUGAACCCAUCACCAUCCCCCUGUGCAAAGACAUCCCCUACAAUGAAACCAUCAUGCCCAAUUUGCUGAACCACCAAAAGCAAGAAGAUGCGGGAUUGGAGGUGCAUCAGUUCUUUCCGUUAGUCAAAGUGCAGUGCAGUCCAGACUUGCAGUUUUUUCUAUGUACCAUGUACGCGCCUGUGUGUACCAUUAUAGAACGAGCCAUACCACCUUGCAGAUCUCUGUGUAUGAAAGCGCGUGAAGGCUGCGAGCGUCUGAUGAAUAACUUCGGCUUCCAGUGGCCGAAGAGCCUCGAUUGUGACAAGUUUCCUGAAGCUGGUGGUGAAAUGCUUUGUGUUGGUGAGAAUAACACAGAUCGAGCACCCCACCCCCCUCCCGGCAGUGGAGUUUACCCGCAAACCCCUAUCCGCAAUAACACUUCCAUUGCUAGAGGUCGUAAAUUCAUAUGCCCUGAAGAAUUCAAAGUUCCUAAAGGCUUGGGAUACACACUCCGUGUAGGAGAUGCAGUGGAAAAAAAUUGUGGUGCUCCAUGUGAUGGUAUGUUCUUCACAAAGCAAGAAAAGAAACUUGCCCGCACUUGGAUCGGAAUCCUAGCCAUCCUCUGUAUGGCAUCAACAUUAUUCACUGUUCUGACUUUCCUGAUCGACAUGCAUCGUUUUCGAUACCCAGAACGACCUAUCAUAUUCCUUUCCGUUUGUUACUUCAUGGUAGCUGCCACAUAUGUUGCAGGAUUCGUCAUGGAUGAGCAGGUGUCCUGCAACGAUCCUUUCCCAUCGCCAAACAAUCGCACCAACAUUGAAAUGAUACGAACGAUUACACAAGGCAACGACAAAAAGUGGUGCACAAUCUUCUUCAUGUUGCUGUAUUUCUUCAGCAUGGCCAGUUCAAUCUGGUGGGUAAUACUCACCCUUACGUGGUUCCUAAGUGCGGGUAUGAAAUGGGGGCAUGAGGCUAUUGAAAACAAUUCCCAGUACUUUCAUCUUGCCGCUUGGACAGUACCUGCUAUAAAAACCAUCACCAUACUGGCCAUGAAUAAAGUCGAAGGAGACGUACUGAGUGGUGUCUGCUUUGUCGGCCUGUGGAAUCGAGAUUCAUUGCGUGCUUUUGUGCUUGCACCUUUAGGUGUCUAUUUAGGGCUAGGAACCCUAUUCCUCUUUGCAGGAUUUGUUUCACUAUAUCAUAUCCGUACCAUCAUGAAGCAUGAUGGCACCCGUACCGAUAAACUUGAAAAAUUAAUGAUUCGCAUUGGAGUAUUUUCAGUGCUGUAUACUGUUCCUGCUGUAAUUGUAUUAGCUUGUUAUGUCUACGAGACCUUUUACUUUGACUCUUGGAUGAUGUCGUGGCAAAGGGAGAAGUGCAGUCGACCCUUGUACAGCAUACCUUGUCCAGAAGUUGGCAAAGAUCCGGUUUCUUGGCCAAAACCAGAUCUUGCUGUGUUCAUGUUAAAAUAUCUCAUGACUUUGAUGGUGGGCAUUACGUCUGGGUUUUGGAUCUGGUCGGGUAAAACUUUCACCUCGUGGAAAAAUGUCUAUCUAGGGCUUUGUCGAAGGAUACAUCGAAACGAAGCCUAUGUGUGAUACAAUGUGCCAUACUGUAAAAACUUAGUUGUAUAAUAAUUUGCAGGAAAAUACUUGUUCUGAUAGUUUCUGAGAAAAACUAAAAAGAUGGACAUAGAAAGUUUGUUCUAGGCAAAUUUUUUCUUUCAAGUGUUUUCAAGCAACUGGUACCUUACUUCAAAACAGGAGUUAAACCGGUAUGUAUUGUUCAUAGUGAAAUGAUUCAAACAUAGAAUAA